AAAGCAAAAGUACUAUGAAUUCCAAAGAAACAUCCUUGGUAGCUAAAGGGAGAAAAGGAGCAAGAAAUACCAAGGUGAACAAAAAGAUUCCCCCUGCAGACGGUCUCUAAACAAUACUACCCUGAAGGAAGAGAGACAGGGAUGCAAAGGAAAAUUUUUUGAUGGAGGAAGGGGGCCCUUUAAAUGUAAAGACACUCGGGAUGUAAGCCUCAAACUGGAAACUGGCAGAAGGACCGGUCUGUCCACUCGCCUCUGGAGCCCUGGACUGGAGCAGCCUCUCCGCGGCCGGCUUAAGAGGCCCUAAGCCUCCAAGCACCGGUUUUCAAGCUUCAGGCCCUCGCUUCCGCCCUGGAGCCUUUGUUCCGGCGCAGAACUUUCUAGACGCUCCGGAAGGCGGUUGGCGGGGCGGUGCCCAGUAAGGCGCUAGCUCGGGGGCUCCUACCUCCGUCGUGGCAGAAACAUGAAGCUUAGAGCACCGCACCUGACAUACAGAAAGUGCCAGGUCAGCCCCUUCAGCCUAGACUCCCACCUCCCACAACCCACAAGCGCUCUCGCCGAAGUUGCUAAUGACCAAAAAAUUCUGGUCAGUCCCGAGCCGGAGAUCAACUUUCAGAAGAGACGCGCCCCAGCAAGACUCGGGGAGUCCUCCAGCUCCUCACCUCCAUGGGCCAGACGGCCCUGGCAGGGGGCAGCAGUAGCACCCCCUCCCCACAGACCUUGUACCCUGACCUCUCCUGUCCCGAGGGUUUGGAGGAGCUGCUGUCUGCUCCCCCUCCUGAUCUGGGAGCCCAACAGCGCCACGGCUGGAACCCCAAGGACUGCUCUGAGAACAUCGAGGUCAAGGAAGGGGGGUUAUGCUUUGAGCGGCGGCCCGUGGCCCAGAGCACUGAUGGGGCCCGGGGUAAGAAGGGUUACUCGAGGGGCCUUCACGCCUGGGAGAUCACCUGGCCCCGGGAGCAGAGGGGUACCCACGCCGUGGUGGGCGUAGCCACGGCCCUCGCCCCGCUGCAGGCUGACCACUAUGCGGCGCUGCUGGGCAGCAACAGCGAGUCGUGGGGCUGGGACAUUGGUCGGGGGAAGCUGUACCAUCAGAGCAAGGGGUUCGGGGCCCCCCAAUAUCCAGCCAGACCUCAGGGUGAGCAGCUGGAGGUGCCGGAGAGGCUGCUGGUGGUUCUGGACAUGGAGGAGGGAACUCUGGGCUACGCUAUUGGGGGCACCUACCUGGGGCCAGCCUUCCGAGGACUGAAGGGCAGGACCCUCUAUCCGGCAGUAAGCGCUGUCUGGGGCCAGUGCCAGGUCCGCAUCAGCUACCUGGGCGGAAGGAGAGCGGAGCCACACUCCCUUCUGCACCUGAGCCGCCUGUGCGUGCGCCACGCCCUGGGGGAUACCCGGCUGGGCCAGGUAUCUGCUCUGCCCUUGCCCCCUGCCAUGAAGCGCUACCUGCUCUACCAGUGACCCCUCUGAUACCAGAUUGUGCUGGGGCCUUAAAACCAUCCCUCCCCUGGGAAGCAGGGAGGAGGCACUGCUGGCCUAGCCCAGCUACUUAAGGCCAGUGAGGUGGGGUAGGGGUAGGGUGAGGCUGGGCCCCUACCCCAACCCUAACUCUGGGGAACCCUACAGCCCCAGAGCCAUCCAGAGGGGUGGAAGGGAGGGAGCUGUUAUUCUAGGCUACAUCAGCCUGGUAUGUGGGACAUUUUUUCAAGUAAAAACAGUAAGAGACGUGCUAUUGUAGAAACC